AUGGACAACGUGUGUGAGAACUCCACACCUUCCAAGACUGGGGAAAAUGGAAGCUAUAAGGAGGUCAGGUCCCAGACUCAUCCUCCUUUCAGCAUCUUAACAUCGACUCUGCUGUUCUGUACAGAGAUGGUUGCAGCAGCAGUAGUGGCUGCAGGGUAUAGUCAUUCAGAGGAUGCAGUGUGGAUGUCACUCACUAUUACCUUUAUGCUUAUCCCCUCUGUCAUGGUCCAGCUUGCACUGACUUUCAUUCAUAGGGACCUGGGGAGAGACCGCCCCCUGAUACUCCUCAUGCACCUGCUUCAGCUUGGGCCUCUUAUCAGAUGUGUGGAGGCCCUCAUUGUUUACUUCCAGAUGGGUCGUGAGGAGGAGCCAUACGUGAGCAUCUCACGGAAAAAGCGUUUGCUUAGAUCAGGUGAGGUGGAAGAGGAACGAGAGGUUGGACACUCUAUUCGGAGGAUGGCCACGCACCGUAAUGCCUUCAAGCGCACAUCAGUAAUACAGGCGUUCCUAGGAUCAACCCCACAGCUCACCUUACAGCUGUACGUCAGUGUGCUGCAGAGACAUGUGCCACCAGCUAGAGCUGUACUGAUGGCAGUGUCUCUAGCUUCUACUACGUAUGGUGCUUUGGUCCUAAAUGUGUUGGCUAUCCAAAUCAAGUAUGACGACUAUAAGGUGCGUCUAAGUGUACCAGCCUUCCUGUGCAUCGUUUUGUGGAGGAGCUUGGAGAUCAGCACAAGAGUCACUGUACUUGUCCUAUUCUGCUCAGCCCUCAAGGCCUGGGUGGCACUGGUAGCCUUGGUCAACUUAAUUGCCCUUUUCCUUUUACCCUGGAUACAUUUUUGGAAAAGCAAGGCUAGCCUCCCUGAUAAUGUUGAGAAGAACUUCCACUUUUUGGGAACAGUGACUGUAUUAGGGUCUGUGACAUUGUUGUACUCUGCCAUCAAUAUAUUCUGCUGGUCAGCUGUACAGCUCAAUCUGUCUGAGAGGGACCUCAUUGACCAGUCUCAAAAUUGGGGAAGGUUGACCCUUCACUACAUUUUUCGGUUGGCAGAAAAUGUAACUCUGAUCUUGCUUUGGUACUUUUAUAAAGAAGACUCAUUUGAAUAUUUCUGCACUCCCCUUUUAGUGGUGCAGCUCCUAGUUGGAUAUGCUACGGCCAUUGCCUUCAUGAUGCUUUUCUACCAAUACCUCCAUCCGUGCCGCUCACUGUUCAGCCAUAAUGUAUCAGACUUCCUGAGGUGUGUGUGCUGCAGCCGGGGUGGGGCCAACAAACAACAGGAUUUAGAACGUGAGAGCAUGGUGUGAGCUGUGAGUGUCAGAUUGAGUUUUAAGAGUGCCUUUUUACCUUGCACAGUGGUAUUUUCAGCUACACCUCAUACAAUUAUAUUGCCAGCCAAUGUUUUGUACCAUUGUCUUCUGCUCGUCUCAAAGUAUGAAUACCAGAUUAUACUCGUACAAUGAAUUCAAAAUGUUCCCUCACACGGUUACUGUGACAAGCUCUCUAUUGUAUGGAGCCAAUGCAAACUACCAUCUACAAUGAAUAAAUGUCACAUACAGAGACUGUAUUGUCUUCUCCUACCCUUGUGCACUAUAUUUCUUAACCAGUGGUCAUUAAAGUAAAUCUUUGAUCAACAUCAGCAUUAGCUCACCUCACAAUGUGACAAAGAUGGGAAUUAAAAACUCCUAAUUAACUGUAUAAUAUAUAUAUAUUGUUUUAUUUUUGUUUGUAUGUUUUAUUUUUUUUAUAUCUUCAACUAUAAACAUGAAUUAGAUUGUGA